GUUAGAGUCCUGUGCGAGUAUACAGUCGCACGCCAUCCACAAAGCCGCUCGCAGAUGCCUCGCUCCAACACUUCAUCAUGAUAGCCAUGCUGCGCGUACGGGACGCAGCUCUAUGCGGGCUGCUCUUUUGGGCACACGCGACCGCGGCCCCGCCUAACGCGGCUGGAGAUGCAGGAAACAGCCGCGCUGCGGGUUCCAGAUCCGUAGACGCGGAUGGGCGACGAAAGCUUACAGGCAGGUUCCUACAUAUUACGGACUUUCAUCCAGACCCGUUCUACAAGACAUAUUCGAGCACAGAAGCCGACGCAGCGUGCCAUCGCAAACGCGGGCCUGCUGGCCUCUAUGGCGCAGAAACUACCGGAUGCGACUCUCCCUUUGCGCUCGUCAACCAGACAUUCAAAUGGAUAGAAGACAACAUCAAGGACGAUGUAGAUUUUGUUAUAUGGACCGGCGACUCGGCGCGACACGAUAACGAUGACGAAAUUCCACGGACGCAGAAGCAGGUCGUGCAGCAGAACGAGUACAUGGUCUCCAAAUUCGCCGAGGUCUUUGGACAGAGCGGCCACGGUCAUGGGCCCAACAGCUUCGCGAUACCCAUAGUACCGACUUACGGGAACAACGACAUUCUGCCACACAACAUCUUCGAGAGCGGCCCAAACCGAUGGACGACGGAGUAUUUAGACAUAUGGCGAGGUUUCAUACCCGAGGCGCAACGACACCAGUUCGCGCAAGGAGGCUGGUUUUCGGUCGAGGUGAUCCCAGGCAAGCUGGCUGCCAUAAGCCUUAACACGCUGUAUUUCUUCACCUCCAACUCCGCCGUCGACGGCUGCGCAAAGAAACGCGAACCGGGCUACGAACACAUGGAAUGGCUGCGCAUCCAGCUUCAGAUCCUGCGCGAUCGCGGAAUGAAGGCCAUCCUCAUCGGACACGUACCACCGGCUCGCGUCGACAGCAAGGAGAGUUGGGACGAAACAUGUUGGCAAAAAUACACGCUGUUUGGACGACAGUUCCGAGACGUCAUUGUGGGAAGUCUGUUCGGGCACAUGAACAUCGACCACUUCAUGCUGCAGGAUUUCGAGCAUAUUGAGAAGGACACGGAGAAUGGCAAGAUGGGAACUUUCGAGGGCAGAUCUGCUCUAGCCAAUGAAAUCGAACUCCUGGAAGAUGGCGAGGUGACGGUGGCAUCUGCGUCGGAUUAUUUGCUCAAUCUAAGGGAGGCUUGGGCUCAACUACCUGCGCCACCGCCGAAGUCGGACAAGAAGUCGCGUUCAAAGAGUUUCGAUGACGAAGAGGGAGAAGAAGAGUCGAUGUGGGAGUGGCUCAUGGCCAUGGUUGGGAAGUCGCCAAAAGACCGGAAAGAAGAGCGGAAGAAGUAUCUCGAAAAGAUUGGGGGGAAAUACGCUGAACGGUACGCGGUAACACAUGUCUCACCCAGUGUAGUACCAAACUACUUCCCCACCCUCCGCAUCAUCGAGUACAACAUCACUGGCUUGGAACACCUCAGCGUAGCCUCCAGCCCAAUCAGCCCGCCCACGAUGCAUAACGCAGUCGAGCAACUGCCAAUCUCUGCCAAUGAUUACUCCGACGAUGACGACGAAGAACACCUACAAGAAGUAGAAACCACGCGAAAGAAGCAUCACAAAGGCAAAAAAGACAAGAAGAAGCCCCGGAAAUACAAAUUCAAAGUCCCAGACGGCCCUUCGAAAUCCUCUCCACCCGGACCGGCCUACUCCCCACAAACCCUCACCUGGACCCGCCACAUCCAAUACUUCGCCAACCUUACACACAUCAACAACGACUUCCUUGAAUCCUCGCCCGACGCAGCGCACACACCCGUCAACGACCGUCUCUCCAUCAACAACGAAUCGGUUAGCACGAUAUUCGGAUUCGGUGUUAGCCCUGAUGGUGGGAUUGAGAAUAAGAAGUGGAACGAGGGAAAACACAAGAAACACCAGGGCAAGCAGCCGCGUCCGGAACCGCAUCCGAAUGAGUUUGUGUUUGAGGUGGAAUACGAUACGAAGAAAGACCGGGGUUUCAAAGAUUUGACCGUGAGGAGGUGGGUCGAGUAUGCGCGGAAAAUUGGUGCUUCCACGGGGAAGACUAAGGAUGUUGGAGUUGAAGAGGAGGUUGAAGAGGAGGCUGAGGAGGCUGAGGAUGUUGAAGAUGAGGUGGAUGAAGAUGAUUUCGUCAUCGUAAAACACAAGAAACACAAACACAAGAAGGGAAAGAAGGGAAAACACCACAAGAAGCACAAGGCGUCCAAGGAAUGGUUUACUUUUGUUAAACGCGCGUUCGUGGGGACUAUGGAUCCGAAGGAACUUAAACUGGUGUUCGGUGCGGCGGACGUCGAUGCAUUGGAAGAGGCGCAGGAGGUUAUGGAGUUGUAGAUGCUUGAUGCAUUGGAUGGGGAGUGGAAUGGAGUGGAAGGCGCUUGUUGAUACCCUUUGGCGUUUUUGGUCGCCAGAACAUUUCUUUACGGAUGCUGGGGAUGUAUAUGUGUACGGGGUAGCGUCGCAUUGCAUGGGGCUGGUCUAGCAUAUCAUCUGCGCGAGAAUAAUCUUGCUUUGCAUGAAGAUGGGUGUGGCAUUAGGAUUUGAGACGCAUACAAUCAUCAAGAGAUCGAAGAAUGAGAAUCGCAUACAAACUCUCCCCACCUUGAGUAUUACCAUGUAUUAUCUACCUUUUUUUUUUCU